AUGUUCAAUUUGGUCUUUUUCAGUAACUUCGUUAAAAUUGUUAACGGCAACGUGUCCACAUGGGCAACGGAGGGUGAUUCUAAAUUGAAUCCACCAACAACAACCAGCGAGAGUUCGAGGAGGGUGGAAGAUGGGAAGGGAGAGAUAUUCGGAGUGAUACUGGGUAGGAGUGCUUCUNUUUCAACCAGUUUUUCUUCUGCAUCAGGGGCGUUUGAGGUUACAAUGAAAAGGGCAUUCUCAAUGGGAAGAUCUUCAUCGGUUUCAGAGAGGUACUGCAAGAUCCAUGACACAGCAGUAGCAUCGCCGAUUGAAGAUGAUGACGAUGAUGAAGUUGAAGGUACAACAAGAUCCAAGGAGGAGAAGGGAGUGAGGAUGAAGAUUAAGAUCCUCAAAGCAUGUAAGCGCCUUCUUCGAUUCCCAUUCUAG